AUGUGGUUUACAAGUGAAGGUAGAGAGCGCCCGCCAUGGCUUCUCAAGUACCGUUCCUCCACAGCCUUCAUCAUUGCGACAGUCUGGACCUCUUCGUUCACGGACUACUUCCUCUAUGCCAUGAUCGUCCCCGUCAUGCCAACAGCCCUAGUCGACCGCGCGAAAAUUCCCUAUGAAGACCGCGAACGCUGGGUCAGCAUUCUCCUCAUCUGCGAAGCCACCGUCGCAUUCAUCUGCUGCCCGAUCUUCGGAUACUUGAUCGAUGUCGCGCCCACGCGCAAACUCCCCUACCUGCUCGGCCUCAUUCUGCUCGGGGCAUCUAUGCUCAUCCUCUGUCUCGCACGCACCAUCAGCUUCUUCGUCAUCGCACGCCUCCUACAAGGCAGCGCAACCGCCAUGGUCGUCGUCGCCGGACUCGCCCUCCUCACCGACUCCGUCCCGUUCGAGAACCUCGGCCAGACUGUCGGAUACCUAGGGUCAGCGGUUACCCUAGGGUUCCUGCUAGGUCCAUUACUGGGGGGUCUGGUGUACAGAGUAGCAGGAUAUCAACCCGUGUUUGCAAUGGCGUUUGCCAUUGUAGGAUUAGACCUGGUGAUGCGGUUUGCAGUGAUCGAAAAGAGGGUCGCGAAGCGGUGGAUGGCUUUAUCGCAAGAUGAUGCCGACAACGACAACGAAACCAACAACGACGACAAUUCCUCUGAAUCAAGCACACCUCAACCCGAAACCACAGGGAACGAAGUAACCAUCAUACCCAAACACUCCCGCAAACCCACCCUCCUACUUCUCAUCCAACAGCCCCGCAUCCUCAUAUCAUCCUGGGGUCUCCUCGUCCACGGCAUGAUAUACGCAGCAUUUGACGCCACAAUCCCCAUCUUCGUCGAAUCCCACUUCAACUGGACGCCCCUAGGCGCAGGCCUAACCUUCCUCCCCUCCUCCAUGACCGCUCUCUUCGAGCCCUACUUCGGAAAACUAACCGACACCAUAACCCCACACCCCAUCGCAACAACAACCUUCCUCCUCCUCCCCAUCCCACUCAGCAUGCUCGCGCUCUCCACCAACCCCACAAGCACCCAUAUCACCCUCCUAAUGAUAAACCUCACCUUGACCGGCCUCCUCGUCAACAUCGCCACCCCGGCCCUGUACCUCGAGACCCAGCGCGUAUUGGAUACCAUGGAGCGCCGGGAGCCGGGGAUCUUCGGGCCCAGGGGCGCAGUCGCCCAGGCGUUUGGGAUCCAGACGAUGGCGCAGUUCCUAGGACUGAGUUUGGGGCCGUUGGCUGGGUUCGUGGAGGGGAGGUUUGGGUGGGGGGUUGUGGUUGUGGGGUUAGGGGUGGUUUGUGCGGUGACGGGGGUGGUGGUGGGGGUUGGGUUGAGGGGGGAUGCUUGUUGUGGGAGUAGUAGGUUUGGGAAUGGGGAUGGGGAUGGGGAUGAUGGGGAGAGGGAGAGGUUGCUUGCUGGGGACUGA